CUGCUGCCUGACAUAAAAUUAUGCUUACUACGAAAUAAAAAACCAUGGCAAGAAAAAGUUAUAAUUAUCUCAUACUGUCAGCAAUUACAUUUUUCUUUUUUAUAAACCACAAUCGAAAUUACAUAAAUGAUUCCGAAUUCAUUAAUCGCAGACAGCAUAAUCGGCCUGAACUAAAGAAUUCUUCCAGCAAUUUGCUUACCGCGCCCGAACAUUCUCCUCGGAAACCAAGAGAUCGAUUUAGAACAGAUCUUGUUGACGGCUUCAAAUUCAACCCUCGCAUUCUAUUGGUUAAAAUAAUAACCAAUCCCAUUGCACCAUUUCAAACGACCAGUCAGAUGCUAUACAAUGUUGACCACGUGAAACAUAGUGAAAGCUUACCUUACAACGUGCAGAGGUUCUGGAUGUUGCACAGCAUUCUAAAUAACACGAUUCAAGGUCGAGUUUGGAAUAUUGUUUCGAAGGAGUUAGAAUGGACAGAAAUGAUACCUAAUCCAUUUCAGUUAGCUAAACUGAAGAAACCUCUCGGAACCAUCGAUGAAAUCCGAAAUCAGAUUCUUAGCAUCGAACAGGCCAAACUAACAGCACUAGACCGAAUCAUGUACAGCAGUGCAGCAGAAUGGAUUACUUUUGUAGACGGACAAUCAAUGAUUUCGAAUCAGGGUUUCCAUAUUUUAAAUCAAACAUUGAACGAGUUCGAUCACAGAAAACCUAGGGAUCCUGAACAAUGGUUCCAUUGCAUACCCAAAUUCACUUCAUUCACGCUCAAAACUGUUCAUUCUUCGAGGGCCAUGAGGACUAUGAGGAACGCUGUAGGUCCCCCGGAGUCCUGUCAACUCUUGAUCAAAAAAUCAUUCAUCGACUCUCAUUUGGACGAGGUCAAAUCUUGGUUCUCAUCAGGUGAACGUAUCAAUUUAGAGAAAAAAGACCCAUUCGCCAUGACAGCCCACAUGCUGAAAGAACUCAAGAAAUACAAACAUCAUGUUUCAUGUAUUGACCUACUGGAUAAGAAAAUCCCUCAUACCAAAAAGGAUUUUUUGAAAGAUACCUUACCACUUGUUAAUCGAUGUGGAUCCAUGUACAGAUUACCUUUUUCGGAAGAAUUUAUUUCCAAUGAGAACAUGACGUAUAAUGUAGAAGAUGUCAUGCCAAAAUUGGAAGCUCAGAAAAAACAGGCGAUGAAAAACUUGGAAAACUUAAUCAAGAUAAACUUAAUUCAAACACAAAUCAAACAAAAAAGCCUUUAGUUACACCAUUUUCAGUUAUUCAGACAUCAUCUCAAUUUGUCUAACAUAUUUAUCUUAACUGGUGACCAACAUAUUACUUGAU